AUAAUGAAAGAAUAAAGGGUAGUCAUACUUUUAAGAAUCUUUCUUUUUCUUUUCAUUGUGAAAUAAUAAUUACUAUGGCUUCUCUUUAAGACCUUUCAAAGUAAAAGUGAAGAAAAAUGGUUUAAAUACUUUGUACAUUUAUUCAUGUAUUAUUAGUACUAAGUGACAAUGUGAAGUGUCCUUUUGUGAACUAGUGUGAAUUUUGGUCCUUUCAUUUGUGCUUUCAUUUUCAAUCCAUGUCACUAAUUUGUUUUGAUGUGUGCAGAGAAAAAGCUUACAUGUGAGAAAAAUGGUCUAUAUGAGGAAAAUUUGUUCUUGAUGAGUUUAUGAAUGUAUUGUAGCAAAAACAAAACAAAAAAGUUUUGAUUUUGUUCAAUUGAGUUGAUUGUGCAAGUGGCUACAAGUUCUUAAGGAAUUUCGAAGAUCCAAACUUCAAUCUUUGAGAAGACUAUAAUCUAAAUCUCUCUUCAUCUAUUGUUUCAUUCUUUAACUUACCAAUGGAAAAAAAGCUCUAUCCAAAAGUGCUUCUAGUUUUAGUCACAAUUUUUCUUUCAAUUUCUUACACAAACCAACUUCAAUCCACUCACACUCGAACCCUUUUACGAAUCAAACGUCUCUUAAACUUUCCAUCAAUUUUAAGCUCUUGGAAUUCAACCACAGAUUUUUGCAACACAGAUUCAAAAGCUUCUCUAAGUGUUGUAUGCUAUGAACAAACCAUAACUCAGCUACACAUAGUUGGUGAAACAAAACCUCAACAACUUCCAAAAAACUUCUCAAUAGAUUCAUUUUUCACAACACUUUUGAGAAUUCCAACUCUAAAAGUCCUCACACUAGUUUCCUUAGGGUUGUGGGGUCCACUUCCUAGCAAAAUAAGUGGUUUAUCAUCUUUGGAAAUUGUUAACAUGAGUUCAAAUUUUCUAUAUGGUAAAAUCCCUCAAGAACUUCCAUUGCUUUCAAAUCUUCAAGCACUUAUUCUUGAUAACAAUAUGUUUGAAGGACAUUUACCGGAUUGGUUGGAUUCGUUUCCAUCGUUAACCGUUUUGAAUUUGAAUCAAAAUUUGUUCAACGGUUCUCUUCCUGAUUCGUUGAGUAGCUUAACAAAUAUGCGAGUUCUUUCGCUUUCUCAUAACCGUUUCUACGGAUCAGUACCGGAUUUGAGCCGGUUGGUUAAUCUUCAAGUGUUGGAAUUGGAUGAUAAUAGUUUUGGUCCUAACUUUCCUAGAACUUAUAACAAGUUGGUUACUUGUGUUCUAAGAAACAACAAGUUUAGAUCUAGUUUACCUGAUAAUAUGAGUUCAUAUUAUCAACUUGAGAGAUUCGACAUCUCGGAAAACGCCUUUGUUGGACCAUUUCAGCUAGAAUUGUUUUCACUUCCUGCAAUUAGUUAUAUCAACAUUUCAAGAAACAAAUUAUCAGGAAUGCUUUUCGAGAAUCUGUCGUGUAAUUCUAUUCUAGAAGAAGUUGAUUUGUCUUCAAAUCUUUUGACCGGAAGAUUACCAAAAUGUUUAGUGUUAAAUUCCAAUGAUCGGAAAGUUUUGUAUGGUGGAAACUGUUUAGAGGAAACAAAUCAAAAUCAACAUGAACAAGCCUUUUGUCACACUGAAGCUAUAGCUGUUGGAAUAGGACUUAAUGAGAGAAAGAAGCAUAAAGGAGUAUCUAAAACAGUUCUAGCUUUUGGGAUUAUUGGUGGAAUUUUCGGAGGAAUUUCACUUGUUGCUUUGAUUUUUAUGAUUAUGAUUAGAAGACGAAAUGGUAAAACCAUUAUGACGAAGAAUUCGAAAACAAAAUUGAUAUCAGAAAAAGCAGCAUCUGGAAAGUUAAUCACCGAUUCAAGGCAUGUACCUAAAGCAAUGAAGUUUGGAACUGUUGGCCUGCCACCUUAUAGAGCUUUCUCACUGGAAGAGAUUGUGGCAGCUACUAACAACUUUGACACCACUUCUUUCAUUGGUGAAGGUUCUCAAGGACAGAUGAACAGAGGUCAACUAAAGGAUGGUUCACUAGUUGCCAUUAGAAGUGUAAAAUUGACAAAAAGCUGCAGGACUAGAGAUUUCAUGCAGCACAUAGAAUUCAUAUCAAAAUUCAGGCAUCAUCAUUUAGUCAGUGUUCUUGGACAUUGCUUUGAACAUUAUUUAGAUGAUUCAAAUGUCAGAAGAAUAUUUAUUGUCUUUGAGUAUGUACCUAAUGGAUCACUCAAGACUUGGAUCACAGAUAGACAUUAUAGAAAGUCUCUUACUUGGACUCAACGCAUAGAAGCUGCAAUUGGAGUAGCAAAGGGAAUCAAAUUUUUGCAUACAGAGAUUGUUCCUUCUGUAUAUUCAAAUAAUCUCAAAAUUACAGAUGUUUUAAUGGAUCAGAACUUUGUUGCAAAAAUCAGUAGUUAUAACAUGCCUUUGUUAUCCAACAUUGGAAAGGUUGGUCAAGGAAAUAUAUUCAAAAGUCCUAGCUUUAACAAAAGUGUAAAAAGUGAAGACAAGUUUGAUAUAUAUGACUUUGGGGUGAUAUUGAUGGAACUCAUUCUAGGAAGGACAAUAAAGUCAAGAAAUGUGGACACUUUGAAGGAUUUGUUACAAUCAAGCAUAACAUCAGAUGAUGAAGCUAGAAGAAGCAUUAUAGAUUCAUCGAUUCGUAACGCAUGUUUGGAUCAAUCAUUGAAGACAAUGAUGGAGAUUUGUGUGAGAUGUUUAGUUAAAGAGCCAGAAGAAAGGCCUUCUAUAGAAGAUGUUUUGUGGAAUUUGCAGUUUGCUUCUCAAGUCCAAGAUGCAUGGAGAGGAGACUCUUUAAGUAGUGAUAGCUCACCCAUCUCGCCUUUACCGUCUCAACGAAUGAACUUCCAUUAGUAUCGAUCACAUGGUUGGAAUUGCGGUAUAGCACUCUUUCAUGUCCAAUGUUGGUGAGAUAAGUGCAUGUUUAGAUUGACGGUGAAUUUGACAAAAUCAUGGUGACACUGUUAUUUAGUCAAAGCUGCGCAAAGUUUGGUUUUUACCGAAGUCACGGUAAAAAACUAUGUUUUGCCAAAUUUACUGUCAAUCUAAACAUACUCUUGAACUGAGUUUGAAAGCAUCAGAAAGAGUGAUUCCAAAUUUCCAAAACAUGCACAUAGAGGAUUUGAAGUUAAUUUUGAUAUAUCUUUUAGUAUAUGCUUAAAAUGCUUAGUGCUACUAAUGUCUAAUUGAAUGUAUGAUAUGUGUCAUUUUUUGUAAUGUUUAAUUAUUUAUUUCUUAAUUCUCUCGAAUAGAUUCAUUCU